GGGACUACAGUUUUUCUCUUCUUUUGCAAGUUCAUGUCUUGCAUAUCCUGAAAAUACAUUAACGGAGAGGGCAGAGUUCUAAGAGAUGUCUAAUAAUCUUCUUUCUUUAGCUGGCUGGACCUUCCUCCCUAAUUUGGUUACGGGUUGGGUUCAAACUUUAUGGUACGGACUGACAAUACGUGUCGGUGACCCAAAGCCUCAACCUGGUUCCCCAAAAUGGGUCCUACAUCGCCGGCGCAUAAACAUAUUGGUCAUAUCUACGUAUCUCCUGUACACAAUCUACGAAGCCGACUGGGACAUUCGCAAAGCAAGAGACUUCUACCAAGAUCUAGGAGUUCCUCAUUCGGCGACUGAACGAGAAAUCAAAUCAAGAUUCAGGCGGCUGGCAGCCAUUCAUCAUCCUGACAAAGUUUCAUCAUCUUCCCCUUCCUCCGAAGGUUACUUUGUCCAUCUCAAAUUGGCACAAGACACACUUCUUAACCCCGCGAAACGAUUUGCAUACGAAAGAUUCGGACCAGAAGUGAUAGGGUGGCAACAUUGUUCAACAAUCAGAGACUACCUUGCCCAUGGCAUGCAGACGAUCGCUCCUUAUUAUGGCAUCGCUGGAGUAUUCAUGUAUGGACUGAGCCUUGCCGGCUAUUUAGACUGGGGCAAAUACUGGCGCUGGAUCACCAUAAUCAUGCUCUGCGUAUUUGAAUUACACACAGUUUCGCGCCCACACUUCCCUGUUGUUGCAACGAACAUGAUAAAUCCAAUCCUCGCGACAUUCACAUCACAUCCGCCAUAUCUUCCAUUUCAAUUAAUACAACUCGCUCGAAAAGCGAGUCUCACAUUAUACAUUGCGUUUUCCCAGCUUGGCCCGUUAUUACAACCACCCACAGCUCCACAAAACGGAAAUCCAGAAACUGUGCUGAAGCAGCAACUUGAUCGAUUAGAACAAGUUGCAAAAGCUGCAGAUGUCGAUGCGUCUCGACUUCACGCAUUAGAAAUGAUUCCAUUCGCCAAUGAUCCACAAGCGAUGAACGAUGUAAAGGGGAAAGUCAAAGAAUGGCUUGUACAAAACACCAUUAGGUCCGAUCCGGAGGUCAGAGAUGCAAUGGGGACUGUAUUGAAGAGUAGAAGAACGGAUGCCCCAGCCGGCGCAAGGGGUAACCGAUAAACUCACAUCGGGCUGGUGUUUAUCUAAUAAAUAAAGUUCACGGUACAUAUUU